AUGGCAGAAACGGUGACGGUGGUUGGGAAAGAGCAUUCCAUGUUAAGCGAGCAUCAUACAACGCCGAAGAAAAAAGUAACAUUAACGCUUGCAGAAUGCGGUAGCGGCAACACAAACUCGAAUGAAGAUGAUUCCAUAUUUCGUACGUUAGAGAACUUUACCGCACAGAAUGGAACAGCAAGUCCGAAGCUUCCCACCAUAAAGGAUUUUAGCAUCCUGAAACCGAUCAGCCGUGGUGCUUUCGGGAAAGUGUUUCUCGGUUACAAAAAGAGUGACCAAAACAAACUGUACGCUAUCAAGGUGAUGCAAAAGACGGAAAUGAUCAACAAAAACAUGGUCUCGCAGGUGAUCACGGAGCGGAAUGCUUUGGCACUUUCGCGCAGUCCGUACUGUGUGACGCUCUACUACUCCCUGCAAACGCUGUCCUCCGUGUACCUCGUGAUGGAAUAUAUGGUGGGUGGUGAUCUCAAGUCACUGCUGGCCAUGUAUGGGUUUUUCGAUGAACCUACGGCUCGGUUUUAUGCGGCCGAAAUCUGUCUCGCACUGCAGUACCUACACGGGCACGGUAUCGUUCAUCGGGAUAUAAAACCGGACAACAUGCUGGUGGCCGCAUCCGGGCACGUGAAGCUGACCGAUUUCGGACUGAGCCGUAUCGAAAUGCGACGAGAUUUGGAAAUAUCGGACCUGAUCAACUGCUCUCCGAAUCUGAACGCACGUACACCCGGCCAGCUGCUGUCGCUCACUUCCCAUCUGUCCUUCGGUUCACACGACAAGCGUAUUGUAGCGGAUGUGGCUGCUGCUGGAGUUUCCUCGAACUUGCCAAUAAGGGAGGAAACUUCCGACCAUGAAUCGGACAGCUCGUUCGGCCAAUCACGGCAACAGAACGAUAGCAAAAUGUCCGGUGUAAGUCCGUUCUUUUCUGCCGAACAGAAUGUGAGCACGAGUGAGGAGAUUAAAGCGGUGGUGCCUUCGGAGGUUACGAUUGUAGAGGAAAAGUUCGAUUCGUCUCUGUACUAUACGUGUAAUUCUAGUGAUGAAGGAAAGUCGAGUUCGAGUGGUAGCUGCGAAUCUGUAAAGGAAGUUCGGCAAAGGUUGGGACGGGUUGCAGAACGCACACAGAACAAAGAAAACGCCGACAGUACCAACAGUGGCGAGGAGAAAACCAGACUGAAAGAUCCAUUCGAAUGUUUGAUGGUUUCAAAGAAGACACAUCGAAAUUACACGGAAGAUUCCGGCGUUUCGAGUAGGAAGAGUGAUAUGUCCAACAUACCCUGCGAGCUAUCGGCGAUCGAAAAGGCGGAAAACAACUCGAACAACAGCAACAAAGAUUUCAGUUCGGACUUUUCAAGAAGUUACAGCAUGAGCAACAUAACCGAAAUCUCACACUCACCCGUGCGGAACGGCAUGCGCGGAUUCAAAAGACCCGAAUUUCUUAGGGGCGUUAAACGAGGACGCCACUUAGUGAACCGUAUAGAUUCUUUGGCCUCGGACGGCGACGGUACCAGCACGGGACUGACGCAAGAGAUCGAUGUUCUGGACAUCUGUGGCGAGAUGCACCGAAGCACACCCAAGAAACGCAAAGCAACGUCUCCGAUCAAGGGUGUCCUGAAAGUACGAUCGCUUUCCGACGAUGAGAUGCAAACAGGAGAGAACUUGAUCGCGAAUGUAAUGUUUUCGACGCCCGUCUCGUCGCAAAAGAUACGCCGCGAAGGUGGCCAGCUGGGCAAACUGAAAAGCACACGGUUUCAGCUUCCCUCCUCGAUCGAUCAAUCACGCAAAAUAAAGGCGUACAGUGAGGCACUUCCGCCACAUUUCAUCAAAAUGCCAGACGAAUCGGUAAUGUCACCGAUCUGCACCAACAAUACGGCUACGGUCGGGUGUGACAGUACGACCGGUGCCGAUGUCGUCGGACCAGCGAUCGAGAAUACACCGAAAGCCGUUAAAACACCAUUCCGCACACCGAAAUCGGUGCGUCGGGCACCACUUUUAUCAGACGAGCGAAUACUCGGCACACCGGACUAUCUGGCGCCGGAGCUGUUGUUGCAGCAAGGACACGGUCCGGCGGUGGAUUGGUGGGCACUGGGCGUUUGCCUGUACGAAUUUCUAACCGGCGUACCACCGUUCAAUGACGAGACACCGCAGAAAGUGUUCGAAAACAUUCUCGGCCGGCUCAUCGAAUGGCCAACGGGCGAGGAGUCGCUCUCACCGGAUGCCGUAGAAGCGGUGGAACAGUUGCUCGAAAUGGAACAAACAAAGCGGCCAGCGGCGGACCAGAUGCAACGAAUGGCGUUUUUUUCGUGCAUUGAUUGGAAGAACAUGAACCUGAUGGAGCCACCGUUCAUUCCCCAUCCGGACGAUCCGCAAGAUACUGGCUAUUUCGAGGCACGCAAUAUCAUGCAGCACCUGAAGCUGUCGAACUUUAAUCUGGACGCUUAUUAA